CCUGCAUGUGGGCGAGGCAGAGUGACAGCUGCGAGCUGGAGACUUGUUUUUAUCCUCCUGGAGACGAAAUGUGAAGAUUUCAAAGCGAAAGUCUAGAAGAAAAAAUACGAAAAGGAAAAACGAAAAAGGUUCAGCGUCCGGAAGAAGAUUUUUCUGCACUUCCGGACAAAAAAAGGAGGAAAAGUGAUCGUCUGCUCUCAGGCUGCGUCUCUGCAGGAUGUGAGAGAAGCGCAGCAGAGAACAAAGAGCAACUUUAAAGAUCCUCGGACGCCGCUCUGCAGACAAACAUGGCUCUGUUCUUCUCCGGCGCCGUCACAAGCUCUCCAGUCAAGCGAAGGUUGAGGAACAGUCACUGUCAGAGCCUCGACGUGUCUCUGCUCUCUCCCGACUCCUCCUACAUCUGCUACACCUCAGUGCACGGCAGCGAGCCCUGCUGCUGCCGCCGCUCGCCACGCCUCCUCACCAACGGAUACUAUGACGUGACCGAGGACAGCUUCUCCUGGGACGACGAGGGCAACGUGUCACUGACGCCCUGCAAAACCAGCGUCUCCUACAAGGAGAACCUGCACAGGGUUUUCCGGCGCAGGCGGCGACCUCGCAGCUCGCUGGUUCGCCUGCUGAGCGAUGUGACGGGGAGCUGCCAGUCAUGGCUCGAUGAGAAAGUCUUCAGAGGUGUUUUCGGGACAGUGAACAACUGGAACCAGAAGCAGGAAGUUGACCAGGACCAUGACCUGGACUGGUCCAGGAGCAGCCCUGAUGGUCCGGCCUGUCUGGACGAGUCCUGGUCGCCGCUCAACAGCACUGAGCUGGAGGAGAGCCGCGCCUUCAUGUACGACUCCACUGAGGUCCCGACUCCUCCCGACAAAGAAGCCCCACCUCCAAAUCUCCUGAUCCACAAGGAGAUUUGCUCUGAGAUCUGUCAGUCAAAGGAGCGUUUCACCCAGUCGCUGGGCAGCCUCUCCGAAGUCCCGCCUCCUUCACCUUUCUACACCAACACCUGCUGCUGUCAGGCGUCACCUGAGCCCACAGGGUUCACGAUGAAGGCCCUCCUCCUUCUCGUCUUCACCGUCUUCAUCUUCACAGCUCUGUACUCGGGGUGUCUGUGGUGGAGCGCGACUGUCACGUCGACCGUCUUCAUGAUGAUCACAACAUGUAUGCUCCUGACAAAGUCGGGCCCGCUGGGCGAGUGGAGGAGGGCGAAGACGGAGGACAUCACGUCGAGAAACGAGUGAGGAAAUGCGUCUGGAGAACCUGAAGGAGGAGAAGGCGAAAAGGUCGGACGGGACUCAUCAGAAACGUUAGAUUCUGACUUUUAUUUCACUUUAUGUUUGCAUGUGAGGUGCACAAAAUAAUCUGAGCUCCAGAAAACAUUUUAGAGCAAACAUUUCUCCUUUUAAAACAAAAAUCACUCCUUAAAAGAGGUUUUUGUAUUCACAUUUUUAAAAAUGUGUCAUCUUUACGUUGAAAUGUACACGCAGAGCAGGAGGCUGCUUCGUGCUUUUAGUCAGAUUUAAGCCAUGAAAUGUCUUCUAGCUGAAAAAAGUUGUUAUUAAAGUGUUGGAGCUCAGUGGCACAUGUUAGUAGUUUAGCAGCUUAGAAAGCUAAAAACAUUCAUAUCAACUCAAAAUGUAGCCGAUGUAUUUUAGGAGUGUCUUCUUUCUUUGGUUUGUAGUUGAUCUUGGCUUUUUUGAGCGUUCCAAAGUGACCAAACGUCAGACGUUUAAUGUCUGCAAAACAUUUUCAGGGUUAAAGGGCAAAAAAUAAAUAAAAAUAAGAGCUGUGACUUUUUAUAAAAACCAAAUGCACAAAAAUCCCCUGGAGGCUAUAAAAGUGCCAUUUUUCCCUCCAGAAUAAACAGAACGAAGAGUUUUACUACAAAAUAAAAUACCCACAAACACAGUAUUUUUACAUUAAAGUUCAGCUCAGAUUUUAUUGUGAAAGCUGGAUUACUGAAUUCCUGGUAAUUUUACUGGUACAAAAUACUUUCUUACAUCUAUAAAAUCAGGUUUAAUUUGCUGACAUCGAUUGAUGACAGGUCAGUGGGCGGGGCCAUAGUGUUCAGUAAAUCAUCCUGAUUGAUCACAGUCAGUUAAAUGGGAGUUUAUGAAACCAGCAGAGGCCGUUAAAGCAAACAGACCUCCAGAAGGUCCUCUCAAUUCUCCACCGGACUUUCAAACAGCUAACAAUCAUCUACUUUAAGAAUCUUCUCAGGACUGUUUUGAGCAGGGGUGUCCAACUCCAGGCCUCAAGGGCCGGUGUCCUGCAGGUUUCAGAUCUCACCCUGGGUCAACAAACCUG